AUGUACAUAUAUGUAUACACACACCGGUGUUGGGGGUUAUUUUUGGAGAGAGAGAGCGAGAGUGAGCGUUACGCUCUCUGUGCUCCCAUCCAGGCGUUUCAGCGCCGCGCGGACAAACCACCGGAAUGUCCCGGGGAUCGCCGAGCCGCGGGGGCGGGGCCGGGGCCGCCCGGGGGCGGGGAAUCGGCUCGGGCCCCGCCCCGGAGCCGCCGUGCCGAUGCCACGUGGGAGGCGGCGGAGCCGCCGCCGCCGCCGGGCCGGAGUCGCGGCCCCGCUAACGCUGGGGACGGCGCUCGCCGGCCGCCGCGAGGAGGGGAGGUCGCGGAGCCCCCGGGACCGCGCCGGGAUCGCCGAGACCCGAUGGGUGCUCGGCGCGGUGGCGCCCGGCUCGCGGGGCGGCUCCCCGCCCUGGGCUGCGCCCUCGCUGCUGCAGCUCCGGCGGCGGCUCCGGCGGCGGCGGGGCAGGGCGAGGCCGAGGCGGCGGCCACCCCCUACGUGGGGCUGCGGCGGCCGCUUGGCUACAAGUUGGCCAAGGCCACCAAGGAGCGGAUCUGGCGGGGGGAGUUCAUUGACCUCUUUUCCUUGCUCCACACAGAGCUGGCCCCCGAGCACGGCCCGCGCCCGGGGGACACGCUGGACCAGUGGGUCUCGGCCUUCCUGGUGUACGCCAGCGUGCUGUGCGAGAAGCACCCGGCGCGCUGCGGAGCCAUGUUCAAGUACCUGGACACCAUCCGCAAGCUGCACGCCACCUACGGGGGCACCUCCUGGAUGAACUACGAUGAGGACUUCCGGCGGCGGGCGGCCAAGAAUCCCUCACUGCCCUGGGGCGACGUCGACUUGGACCUGUGGAUGAAGUGGAUGGCGCCCCUCAAGUCGCUUGUCCCCAGGCGCCUGCGUGCUGAGAGCGAGACACAGGCCUCGCCGGCCCAGCCACCACCGCCGGGCCAGAGCCCCAAGCAGGAGGAGAAAAGCCAGACUCCAUGAAAACAGAAGACCAGUUGGGAUGGGAGUCAGACUAAGUGGCCUGACUCCGUUGGUGUUUAAGUGGAGCUCUGGUAUUCUAGUGCAUUCUUUUACCUCUGCUUCUGUUGCGUUGCAAGCUGUGCUAGAGAAGACGUAGGAAAUUCAUUUUACCCAAUCAGCAAUUGUAACAAUGGACUACAAACCUGCAGAGCAAGCCAGUUUGCUGGAAAACAGGAAUUCCUGCAGCGCAGCACUUGUCACAGACUAUCCAAAGAGGGCAAAGAUUCAGGAAGGUGAAUAAAUUGAACACUGGUUGAAUGAGGUCAGGAACACUCUCCCGGAGGAGAAUCCUGCCCUAAAAUACUACUUUGAAAGUAAAAGCCAAUUUAAUGCGCAGAUUAAACCUUCUCAUUUGACCAAACUUGUGUGCAAUCCUGGAUCUUUGCAGAUCACAACCGGACACUUCAAAACCCUGUGUAUUAUAUUUGUUUAAAAAAAAAUAAAUCAUAACUUGUCUUGUUACAGCUGUUACUUUUGCCAUUUCAUUGAGAGUAUCUGCAACGUAAAUGUGUAUUUGACUCAGAAAAGUAUCAUACACUCGGGAUAAUAACUCAGGUUGUCAACAGAAUUAUUCUGUGAGGCUCACUAUCCUCUUUCCAUUGUUCUGCAUUAACCAUUGCUGUCAUUGUCAGGUAGCCCGAUUGUGCAUUACAAAAUUCUUCAUAAAUUAUAAUGAUUCACCUAAGUUAUAAUUUGUUUUUAUCCUAGUAGAAUGCUUAAAAUCUUGACCAUCAGACUAGACCUUUGUAGUCUGGUGUUCAUGAAAAUAUUUUUCACUGAUUCACAGUUUGCAUUCUGCAUCUCAGUAUUUUGUUUUCUUCUUUUUCCUUGCAUACUAAAGGUUAUGGUCAAGGUAAUACUAUGAUCCAGUAAUGCGCAUGAUGGUAAGGGUUUGUCUUUAGUUGUUUCAGGAAAAAGCUGCCCUUAUGUCCUCUCCCUUUCUCAAUAUUUCCAAUAAUAUGCAUAACAUAAAGUGUUUGUAAAUUGAUAUUAAACUGUUUGUGACUUCACCUAAAUAAAUUUUUAUAUUUAAAUGCUA